GAUGUGCAACAAGUUACGAAUGUGCCAGCGCAGGAGGUACUUGCGUGGACUCCGGGAGUUGCAACGACAUUAGCGUAAACUGGCUCUGCGGCUCUUCAUCUUGCAUCUGCUGUAUCCCUGAUGAUGGUGCUUGUUACCGUACUUGGGAGUGUGAGCAUUACUUAGGAGUAUGCAUAGAUCUUUCAGAAAUAUCGAAGUGCCCUGGUUUUCACGAGCCUUAUGGCUGCUUUGGAACCAACUGUACCUGUUGCUACUUUGGUUGCCCUACAACGUAUGACUGUUCAGCUGUUGGAGGACACUGCUUCCGAACAGACGGUCCAUACGUGUGUGGGGGAGAAGUCCUGGACUUAUGCGCCUUUGAUGGGUGUAAAUGCUGUGUGGAUCCUCAGUGCCCCAGUCACUCGGAUGAAGAAGGUGGCGACGGCGGCAGCCACGAAGACAGCCAUGAAGAUGACGGUAACUGUCAUGGAAGCAAUGACAUUUACGGUCACCAUUCAGGUCUCUAUCGCUAUUAUGGUUAUAGUCUGGCUUCAGGACCAGGAGGAGCAAGUCCACCCGAUUAUGAAGGAGAAGGUCCUAUCCAAGACCCUGCUGCUCUUCCUAACGAUCCAAUGGGAAGUCCUAUCCAAGACGCAAUGGCAAUUCAUGUCCCAGGCGGUGCUUUUCCUUUCACGGCACAAAAAGCUCCUGCUCGAAGGUUUAAUUUUGUUCGUUUCAAGACUAACGGAGACGCCCAAGGAGCUCCACAACCAGAUCCAAAGGCAGAAGGCUAACCAUUGCAACCAGAGGAAAGAAAGUGGCGUUGUCUCCCACUAGAGGUGUAGAGCUGUUCUAAGAAGACUAAGAUUGACAUUCAUUAACAAUCAUAACUUGAUAUUCAUAAACUGUAAACUCUUGUGAUUCCUUAAGAUAUGUUUUCUGAAAGAUUAAAAUGUAAUUCAUUCUGCAAUUAAAUAGCAAGCAUUGUA